AUGGCCAUCAACAGAGUUACUUUUGGCUUAGAUAGAUUCUCAUUUUACCCUUUAAUGAAGAAGUGGAGGAUUGGUGACGCUGUGUUAAUCCCAGUGGUACCGAAUGAACACAACAUAUUUUAUUCAUUAGCAAUUCCAAUCAUUGUCAUUUUAGCAUUAACUGCAACAAUAGGACACCCUAAACACAAACUUUAUUUGGGUUACAUUUCUGUCUUAGGGCUACUAGUAUCUUUUUUCGUUAAUGGAUUGGUAACUGAUGCUUUGAAAAAUUGGAUUGGAAGACAUAGACCUGAUUUCAUUUCAAGAUGUAUUCCAAAAGAAGGUACUCCUUUGAAUACAUUAGUUUUUGCUAAAGAUGUAUGCACAACUACAAACUUAGAAAAAUUAGCAGAUGGUUUCAGAACUACACCUUCUGGUCAUUCAAGCACAGCUUUCUCAGGGCUAGGUUAUUUGACACUUUGGCUUUAUGGUCAAUUUUUAACUGAACAUCCAUUGACUGGUUCUUGGAGAAAAGUUUUGGCUAGUGUUCCUGCAUUUGGUGCUAUUUUAAUUGCAUUAUCAAGAACUGAAGAUUAUAGACAUCAUUUCAUUGAUGUAAUAUUAGGCAGUAUUAUCGGUAUCACAAUAGCCUAUUGGUCAUACAGAAGAAACUUCCCAGAACUAACAAGUUUAACCCCCUUCAAACCCCAUUUGGAUGAUAGUGAUGCUGGUGCAGAGGAAAUUAAGAUUUUGAAAGCUGAUAGAGGCGAAGAUGCUAAUUCUCAUCUCCUACAAACCCAUGAUCUCGAGACUAACAAUUAG